GCGAUAACACCGUUCUGGUGGCGGAAAAGUGAGCUUUGAUUGCGCGGGUGGAAAAUUGUGGGCCCGGAAGUGACAGCACUGGAGUGGGUCUGUGGAGACGCGCCAGACCUUAACGGAUACCUAAGGACGCACACCCCACGCACCCUUUUUCAAUGUCGUGGGAAAAAACUUGGCCAAGGGCGUGGGAAAAUUUCUGCCGGCGGAUGUGGAAAAACUUGCUGGGGUGAUGAUUUGGAAAGAUAAGGAAAAAAUUCAGAAGAAAAAAAGUUCAAGCUGAUUUGUUUUAAAGGAAAAAUAGUCAAGCACAAAAGUGAAAAAAGUAAUUAAAAAGGCAAGUGUUAAAAAAUAAAGCAAAUAGUUUACAGGAAAAACAACCAAAAAAAUAUGUUUGAAAAAUUAGUGUAAAAAAACCAGCAAAAAGGAAAACCUAGCUCAUUCUAGUGCUUAACAGUGGUCAAUUAAAUGACAGUUCAUUAGCGUUACCAGGCGAAAUAUUUGAAUCUAUAGUGCAGUGACGAUGGAUACAAGCAAAUAGUGUGAUUUUUUGAUGUAAAUUCUAUGGCAAAUCAUUGAGCUCUACAAAUCGUUAAUUGCGACACAUUUGAAAAGAUCAUAAUUGCUACUCUCACAACUGGAUAAAACUACGGCACCGUGAGGACGAGCAGCAUCUGAUUGGAUUUCGAAUUUAUUGGUCCAACAAAGGUAAUUGCAUAGAGACGGCAGAUCCGUAGAGUAAUCUCCCUCUCCCCCUCGUGGGAAACCCCUGUGCGGUGGGGAGCGGGAGGACCCGUCGAUGAUGGCGGCUAAUCUGUCAUCGUUCCUAUACGAAUCGUUCUACGGUGGAAAUGCCACGGUGCUGGACAACUACACCAGCUCAACUCCCUUCGACACAUUCCAGCUGGACAGCGGCUGGGCGCUCACGACGCCUACCGUUUCCUCCACGUUCUUCCCGGCAGCAGAGGAGGACAAUGGAACCGGGCUGCAUCAACUGUCCACGUACCUGUCGGCCAACCUCACAAAGAUCGUGGCGGUGUACUCGCAAGAAGUUUGCCAACACCAGAACAUAACCUUCACCCCGGAUGGCGCCAGCAGCAGCCAUCCGGGGGUAUUCUGCCUGCCACACGCCCCCAAACUGUCCCGCUCCGGUGUGAUCCGGGUGCUGGUGUUGGCCGCGAUGGCAAUCGUAUCGCUGCUCGGGAACAUCGCCACCAUGUGGAGUAUCCAGCGGAACCGCAAGUCCCGGCGGUUAGCGCGACACAACUGGAGUGCCAUCUACUCGUUGAUCUUUCAUCUGUCGAUCGCGGACCUGCUGGUAACGGUGUUCUGCAUCAUCGGUGAAGCGACCUGGUCGUACACCGUGGCCUGGCUGGCCGGAACGGUGGCCUGCAAGCUGGUCAAGCUGCUGCAGAUGUUCAGCCUGUACCUGUCGACGUACGUGCUGGUGCUGAUCGGAGUCGACCGGUGGGUCGCGGUCAAGUACCCGAUGAAGUCCCUCAACACGGCCCGGCGGUGCCACCGGUUUCUCCUCUGUGCCUACUCACUGUCGUUCCUGCUCAGCAUUCCACAGUGGAUGAUUUUUCGGGUGGCAAAAGGGCCCUUCCUGGAAGACUUUUACCAGUGCGUCACCCACGGCUUCUACUCCGAACGGUGGCAGGAGCAGCUCUACACCACCUUCACCCUAGUAUUUAUGUUCAUCAUUCCAUUGCUGAUAUUGAUUGGCACUUAUUUAUCAACGUUUAGGACGAUAUCGAGUAGCGAGAAGAUCUUCCGGAUAGAGACGUCCGCGGUGGACCGGUCCUACUACCGCCGUUCGGACACGAACCGUCAACGGCUGAUCCACAAGGCUAAGAUGAAGUCCCUGCGGAUAUCGGUCGUGAUCGUGGUCGUGUUUAUUGUCUGCUGGACGCCGUACUACAUCAUGAUGCUGAUAUUUAUGUUCCUCGAUCCGACCGACGGGCUCGUCGAGGACCUCCAAACGGGCAUCUUCUUCUUCGGGAUGUCCAACAGCCUAAUUAACCCGCUGAUAUAUGGCGCCUUCCAUCUGAUCCCGAUCCGGAGGCGGCACAAUCAGUACAAGCAACAUGUAAGGGAGGGUUCGGUCUAUUUUCAACGUUCGUCUACCUGCAACAACCAGCAACCGAAUGGCACAAGCCCCCACCAGUUGCAGCCCUCGCCAACGCCGGUACCACCGCUCCGAAGUCCCGGAGCUGUCCCGUUGGGCCCGCUGGUAGGGACGCCACCCAUCGGCAUCACUAGCAAGCAGCUGGCCGUCGCCCGCUCCAACUCCAACCUCGCCGAGGAAAUCUCGCUGAUGUCGCUGGAGAAGGACCUCAAGAGUUUGGACGAAAACGUGAACCAGAUUCACCAGAAGAACAGCGCCGCGGCCUCCAGCCGGCGCAGCCUGGCCCGGAAGUUCUUCACGCUGACGCAGCUGCUGAGCCGGACGAAGCCCACCAAGCUGUAAGGGACUUGAACUCAAAGAGGUGUGAUUGUGAGUGUUGUUGAGAGGUUAGGUUUAGGAAACACCAGAAAGACAGAGCUUUAGCGACUUAGUAGUUGGGUGAGUUCAGUCAGUCGAAUCGCUUUUCGAAUACUGUGAAACUUUGUUCAAUUGGGCUUAAUUUGGUUUCUGUUGAGAGGCAUCACAUGUAGUGCCAAGUUUCCUUUUCCGAAUGCAAGACAUCGUAAACCACACAUGAGUGGGAUCAAAAAUUGAUCGCGGUUAACACUUCCCUAAAUGCGGUAUUAGACUACAUUCCAGACUCGAUUAUCUGAAAACUCAAAUUAUUCGCUCUACAGCAAUCAGGGAGUCUACUCUUACACCUGGACUGAUCUCACGACCUAACCUGUAGGUUAGACCGGGACCAACAUUUACUUCCCCGUCCCAUGGAAGGCGUGAUCAGAAAAAUCUUGUCUCGAAAAAUGCCACCGGGACCUUCUGGGAUCGAACCCAAGCCGAAUGGGUGAGAGGCAACCACGGUUACCGGUCGAAGCCUCAAUGGGGUCCUAAAAUUAAGCUUAGAUAUUAUUCUUGUUCACAACGAUAAUGAUUUUUUUUUUCUGACCAAAAUGACGAUUUCUCAACCACAAAGGGUUUAUAUUUUAUGUUUUUGCAUAAAAAAUGAAAAAAUGGUCAGAAAUGGUUUUUAAUCAUUUUUUAUCGUAGUAUAUAAAAAUUUACAAAAGGCUUCAGGACCCCAUUAUCCGAAGGGAAAUUUUGCCAUGACCUUCGGGUAAUCGAGUCUGGACUGUAUGGCAAACAAACAAACAAACUCGCAUUUGUUGUCAAACUUUCACAGCUUGCCAAACUCGCAAACUUGUUUGUGGCAAACUUUCAAACAAGGCCAAAUGUAUGCAGCUUGACGUUUCUGCAAACAAAUGCAGGCAACAAACAAAGCAGACAAUCUGCCAAACCAUCAAAAAAUUGUUUGUUUGCGAGUUUAUUUGUUUGUUUGUUUGUCGUAAUCUAAUACAUCCUUAAGUAACAGAUUUCUGAUAACAUUCAAUUAAUACAGAUUUUCGUCAAAAUUAUUUUGAUAGGUCCAACAUAGGUUCUAUGCCUAUUUAUUUAUUAAAUUGUUACUUUUUUAUUAUUAUUUUUAAAAUCUGCCCAUUGAACAAAGUUUGAAGAAAAUCGGAGGUAAUUGGGGGAUUUUUUUUUCUCAGAUUACUUGCAUGGAAUAAGACUAUGGACUGACCCAAUUUAGUGUAAAUUAAGAGCAGCUAUACCUAUUAAGAUUUAUUUAAAAGAGAAAAAGAGAGAAAAACAGAAUCCAUGACACGAUGCUCAAACAGACUGUGUGAGUGAGCCAGGGUUGAAGAAACUUACGUCGAUUUGAUCAAUCAAAAUUGAGAAUCUCAGCAGCUGAAAGUAAGUAUGUGUGAAAACCGGUAACGAAAACGUGAUACGACUUAGUAGUUUUUAAAACCAAGCUUGAAUCAAGAGUAUUUUUAUUUAAUUUUAAAUGACCUGCAACAAUGCAUUUAUACAGAGCAAACUCACCUGUUGAAACAUUCAAUUCAAGAGCAAAAGUGUAUAUCAUUGUUAAAACAUGCCAGUGCUAGAAGAUGUAUAGAAACUGUUUAACGAUAAAAGCAAAUAACGAUGAAGAAAACCUACAUUGUGUGCAGCGAAAUCACUCAUUGAUCUAUAUAAAUCAGAUUUUAAAUAAAAGUAAAACGUUGUAUAUUU